AUGCCACCCUACAAAGCUAUGCUGGUGUUUGCAGCACUGUUUGUCUUCUUGGGAUUGACCCAAUGUCAGAAGUUGCCAAGUUUCGAUCUCCUGGAGGAGUUUCGUGUGCCUGAGUCGAGAGGAGUGAGGAGGGUGGAUGGCUCUCAACCUGAGGCGGUGGCCUACCGCGUCAAUCCCUCCAUCCAUCUACGCAAGACCAUGAGUGAUGUGUAUCCAGAUGGACUUCCCUCCGACUACUCCGUCAUUGCAACAUUUAAGGUGACCAAAGACACGGCCAAGAAAUCCUGGAACCUGUGGCAGGUCAGUGACACCGAGGGACGGGACCAAGUUGGCCUGCGUUUCCAGGGCGACACGCGCUCUUUAGACUUCUUCUACACUGGCCCCCGUGGGAGUCAGAUGCUGAGGACCUUCCAUGGUGUGGAAAAACUGUUAGAUGGAGAGUGGCACAAGUUGGCGCUGAGUGUGAAGGGCAGGAAGGUGAAGCUGCUCAUUGACUGUGAGGAGGUCAGUGUGGAGUCCAUUGACGAGUCAAGGCCUGUUAUCCGCCGAGGGUACACCUCCAUCGUCAAGCGGGCUGCAGGAGAUCGUUCUGUGUCUGUGGACCUCCAGCAGAUGGAUGUGUCAUGUGACCCAGAGCAGGCUUAUUCAGAGGGCUGCUGUGAGCUCUCCAGUGUGUGUGGAGGGUAUGCAGAGAUCGGUCUAACAGCUGGAAGAGCAUCUUGCAAAUGUAUGCCCGGACAACCAGGCAUUCAGGGACCUCCAGGGCCAAAGGGUCACAGAGGUCUUCCAGGGGGAGCCGGAGACCCAGGAAGACACGGAAACUGGGGGAUCAGGGGAAACACAGGAGACUAUGGCAACAUUGGCGAGACAGGCCUAAAGGGUGAAGAAGGAAUCAAAGGCGAGAAAGGAAUGAGAGGACUCUGGGGCCAAGUGGGAGACAGAGGUCCUAAGGGGCUGAAAGGAUUAAAAGGGGCAGCUGGCUUCAAGGGAGUUCAUGGACCACCUGGGGGCAUUGGCGAGUCCGGGAAACAAGGAGAAGUUGGCGCUAAAGGUGAAAAAGGAUACGAAGGGAUUCCUGGGUUUCAAGGAGUUAAGGGAGAAAGGGGGACUACUGGUGCAAUAGGGCGUGCUGGGCCUAGAGGAAAGCAGGGUAUUGUGGGAGAUCCUGGAGAGAGGGGAACUCCUGGAGAGAAGGGGACGCCUGGGAUCCGAGGACCCAUGGGCAGAGCCGGCACCAUCGGGCCAAAGGGCAUUAUUGGAGAUCCGGGCUUACCUGGCAGAGACGGAGAUCCGGGAAUAGAGGCUUAUCAAGGACCACAAGGUCUUGGUGGAAAAGUAGGACAAAUUGGAACAAAGGGGGAGAAAGGCACCCUGGGGCCAGAAGGAGAAAUGGGUCCCCAAGGCCGAACUGGCCCAAGAGGUUACAAGGGUUCUGCUGGGAAGCCAGGAAGACCCGGAUUUAUCGGCCCACCGGGACCUACUGGACACGUGGGUGUGCCUGGAAAACCAGGGAUCAAGGGUGACACAGGAAUCCAGGGAAUCCAAGGAGUUAAAGGUUCACAGGCAGAAAAUGGAGUUAAAGGCCCAAAAGGAAAGGUUGGAGGCAGGGGGGAGCAGGGUCCCCAGGGUGGACGGGGGAAGCGUGGCCCGGCAGGCCCACCUGGACGUUCAGGUCCUGUCGGAGUCAAGGGGGUUCGAGGUGAAGGAGGACCAGAUGGCUUUCAGGGGCCCCCAGGUCCACCAGGCCCGACCCUCCCCGCUCAGCACGUGAUCGAGGUUUGUAAGAAAGUGGUGCUGGAGCAGAUGUCCACCUUUGCCAACUCAGUGAAGAGGACGUGCGCUGCAGUUUGUCCUCUUUAUGGGGACGUGCCCAUGGGAGCCCCCGGUCCCCCCGGACAGACGGGACCCCCCGGACCUCCUGGUGACCCUGGUAAUGAUGGUGUUGAUGGAGAAGUGGGCCUACAGGGAUUCUACGGAGAAGCCGGAGAUCUGGGCCGAAAGGGAGAAACAGGUGACAGAGGAGAGCAAGGUGAUAAAGGAGCCAAGGGUUAUGGCCUACCUGGCUACACUGGAGAUCAAGGACCAAAGGGUCAGCGUGGACGUCCUGGCAGAGUCUUCAAUGGCCAGCCAGGGAAGCAGGGUGAGCGGGGACAUGUAGGCCAGCCUGGACUCAGGGGCCACCCAGGUCUCAGAGGACCUCCGGGUGUCUGUGUCACCUCUGGGUGUCCUCAGCUCAACGCCACCAGUGGGACACCUCAGCCGGCACCGCGGAGGUCGAGGAACCGCCCGUAGAGGAAGAAAGCGUCUAUGUGGACAGUGAAUUGAAUAUUGGGCUUAAAGGAGGAAAACAUGAUCGAUUGUUUUUGUUAAUACGCGUGUGUUCAAAUAAAUUUCAUGUAAAUAUGCAACUUAAACCUGAACUGAACUUCUGGGAACAAAGAAACAACCUAUGUGAUUUGAAAGAGAGUGGUAACAAAAUAUAUUUGUAUAAAAAGACCAUCUUCAUUUGAUAGUUUUAUUUAAACUGAUUUCACAAGUCUGAGUUGUCUUUAAACACCUGCUCUUUAUAAUAAAAAUCCAAAACUC